AUGUUGAAACUCUCAAGCCUUGAUUUUGCUGCCCUUAAUCUCUCUGGAGAUAACUAUUUGGCUUGGGCACUAGAUGCCAAGUUUUGGUUGAAAUCCAAAGGGCUAGGUGAUACGAUCACCCAAGGAAACAAUGAAAGUGAGCAACACAAGGCACAAGCAAUGACAUUGCUUCGCCACCACCUCCACGAGAGUCUUAAGAAUGAGUAUUUGACCGUGGAAGAUUCAGUCGUUCUUUGGAGCGAUCUGAAAGAAAGGUAUGAACACCAGAAAACGGUGAUUCUACCAAGAGCCCGGUAUGAUUGGGUGCAGUUAAGGCUUCAAGACUAUAAGUCUGUAAGUGAGUACAACUCCGCCUUGCAUCUAAUAGCCUCUAAAUUGGCACUAUGUGGUGAAAAGGUCACGGAAGAGGAUAAGUUAGAGAAGACUUUCUCUACCUUCCAUGCCAAUAAUCAAAACCAGUUGCUGCUGAAAAAUCAUGGUUUGCGUCCAACCGGAUCUGCCCCGCUCCCCGAAGCGAACACGGCAUCAUUCGGUAGGAAAGAGCAUAACAGUGCCAAUAACUAUGGUCGUGGACGUGGAUAUCAACGUGGUCGCGGUCGCGGCCGUGGUCGUCGACACGAGUAUGGUCGAGGCCGAGGAGUAUCUUUUAAGAACUCUUCUAAGAAGUGGACUGGUAACAAACAAGAGAAAUCUCCAAGUGUUUGUCAUCGAUGUGGAGGAGAUGACCAUUGGGCUAAGAGAUGCCGGACACCAAAACACCUUGUUGAUCUUUAUCAACAAUCCCUAAAGCAAAAGGGCAAGAAGGUGGAAGCAAACUUGGUGUUUGAAGAUGGCGAAGAGGAUUUUGGUCAUGAUGGUGUUACUCACAUGGAAACUUCUGACUUCCUUGAGGAGUAGAAGUGAUUUUUAGUUUCUCAUGGAUUUAAGUUAUAAGUUA